GCAUGGCGACUGACACUGUGAUACGAGGAUGUGCGACGCCGCCCGUUUUUCAACUUAUUUCUCGUAAGAAAACAUUGUCAACGCCAAAAACGAACCGAGAUUCAAGUAAAGAUCCAGGCGCCCUGUUCUCUAUACCUCUGAGAAAAAUUCAUGCGACCUGUGCCGUGAUUGCUGGCGGAAGUUUCAUCUCCUGUGUUUUGAUCAGUUUGCUGUUUGAUUUCGAGACGGCUACUACCACAAGUUGCCAGGUCCAAAACUACAUGCCAUCAAUAAGCGCUUCAACAAGUUUAGUCCCCGAGCAAUACAUAUGGAGAACCAGCAUAGGUUUAACUAUUGGAUAUCAUUAUCUUUUCAUCAUACUGAACUACAAAUUUUUCUCCGAAAACUUUAAUGUUCAGCAGACAACUCUUUACCAGGCUUUCGUGAAGUGUUCUGCUCUCGUGGGAUUCAUGGAGACCAAUGGCUUGGUCGGAUUAACGUUUAUCACUUCGUCAGAAGAUCAUCCUUCCCAUCAUAAAUGUUUUGUAGUCUUCAUGUCGUGCGCGAUAACUAACAUGUUGAUGUACGUGGUUGUGAUACAAUGGGCACACGAAUGGCAGCCCCUCAGAGGGAAGAUGCUGAAGACAUACAUCCAAAAGCGUAACGCAUUUGUAUUCAACGCUACUACAUUUGCCUUUGCUUAUUACUUUUUUAUUAGACAUCAUACUUACUGUGAGCCUGGAGUUUACAGUCUAUUUGCGCUGUGUGAGUACCUGGUUGUACUGUCAAAUAUCUACUCCCAUCUCAUCGAUUCCCUCUACAUAUUCAAUGACAGCGAGUUCUACAUAUCGUACCCAGGUGGUCGGGCUGACGUCAAAGAUAAAUAACUCAUGUUGACUCCAUUUACACACUUUGGUGAUUACCUUCUCUGUGUUUUUUGGGUAAAGAGCAUAGACUUAUUUACCAAGAAAUUAUAAUUCAGCGAUUGAGUAUAUACAAACGUAUAUGGUAGACAUGCAGCUAAACGCUAUAAUCGUGUUUUGGUCAAGACAUGGUCGCAGGAUAAUAUUUAUCAUCCUGUAAUGUUGAA